UGCCCAGUAUUUCCCAAAUCGAGAUAAAUAUCCAGCGUACACUUCAAUGUAAAUUUUGAUAAGACGAUGGGCGGGCAACAACAGCUAUUUGGGACUUUUGGUGUAACCAUUGUAACCAGAAAUAAUGCAAUCUUACUAAGUGUGACACAUUUUCAGUAGCCGUUGAAAUAGCGCUGCCUCUAACGUAGAAUCUCCAGUCCCAAGAUUUUUAGACCCUGUUUCACCACCAAUCAAUUAACGUCCCCGGGUUACUAAUCGUUGCGAUGUUCGUACUACUUUAACUCAGCUAAAUCGAUAGCUUGUUUUUGACGUCAUGUUGAUGCAUAAUUCACGACUAGCUCUUACUGAAAUUUAAACCGAAGUCCAAAAAACAUUAGUAACGCGCGUCUGUCCUCUUCGAAAUAUUGCUAACUCGGGUUGAUUGAUUAUUGAUUUGUAAAACAGUAUAACCAUAUUUAGUCAAAUUGAUAUUGAACAGGCACUUGUAGCGUGAUGAAAUGACUCCUUGUAGUAUAGGGUGUGGUGGGGAUGGCCGGCGGUUCGUUACGCUUAACCCUUUUUCCACCUUUCUUACACGCGUUCAAUAUACUUUGUCAACAGCACAACGCAUUAUGAAUAAAAAAUUGAUUAGUUUAUUUUCUUAUCAAAGAAUCGAGUACGUCUUGCGCUAUACAGCGACGAUGUAUUUGAAUGUCCGGACAUAAAAACUUGUUUUCCUCCAUUGCUGUUUGAAAGGCUUCUAAACUAUCAAUGGCGAAUGAUCUCUUUCGGUCUCUGUCACCUGUUUUCUGGUUUCUGCGUCUAACGGGUGGAACGCCUUUCUUUCACAGCGGAUCAUCAGCUGGAAUUUUGGGUUUCCGUUGGUGUCAUCCGCAGACGUUCUGGUUUGCUUUCGUCACCCUCGUUCAUCUCAGUUUUAUCUCAGCCCAAGUGUUUGGAGGCCUUUUUACUUUGAAAGAUAAUUCCACAAUAGUUGAAAAUUCUAGCGUUAACAGUUCAACUAUUCGUUUAACUAACACCAUCUCGCAGGCUCGUUAUCUUAUAGAUACAUUUUUCCUAUCCAAAUUUAUUCACUUUCAUUUGGCCAGUCUUCAAAAUUUGUUUGAGAACUUGAAUUGUGUUGAUGCUGUUUACCCCAUAGCUUUCACUGAUGUCCAACGAGCUCGAAAAAUAAUUGUUAUUGGAAUCUUUGUUAACCUUUUUUGGGUAAACAAUGUUUUCGACGAUUUUCAUGCAACCGUUUGGCCAUGUUUAGCUUUGAUUGCUGUAACCAUUUACCGUACUUUUAUCUCUAGCACGUAGCUUUCUUGAUCAAUGGAUUCAUUUUUCAAGUGCAUUUAAACGAGCCCGAUUGGAUGCUGAUCGUUCGAAUAUUGAAUAACUUAAUGCACGCUGUUGGCCAAUUGCAUUCCAACAUGUUGGUGAUUUUGUUUGCCAGCUUGUGCUAUAUGGUUGGUCUUCGUUUCGGUGGUCUCACAAAGACGUUACAGCAGCUUAUCGUUACUGACGGCACAUUCCGGUUAACCUGUAAUGGAUGGACAAACGUCACAGCUGAAUCGCCAAAUAAAAAUCCUUGCAACACUCGCCCUUCUACGCAAAAUCAAGUACUUCCUGACGAAUCGUUGUCUGAUGUCGAUCGACCUGCUACAGCGAUGAAAGAAUUACGUUACCGUCCAUUGACUUUGCGUUUAGUUUUUCUGAAAACGAUUUACUUGACGCUGUGCGAGGCAGUGUUAACCCAUCUGAACAAAGCCUUCGGGUUGUCUUUGCUGUUCUACCUGAUCUCCAAGUUGAUCAGUGCUUCGAUAGGAUGUCAUGGAUUUUUGCAGGACUUGAUGAAUCUCUCUCUUGGCUUAUUUUGGUUUUUUGUUAAUGUUCCGGACAUCACUGGCAUUUUCGUCUUAUUCCAAUCUGCCGACUACGUCCGUGGCGAGGUGAAACAGUUCUUUAGUUUAGUGGCCCAAAUUUCGACGCAAGAUCUAUCCAUAGUGGAGCGCAGUGAAUUACAAACUUUCAUUUUGCAAGUGCAAGGGGAGUCUAUUGAAUUAUCCGUCUGCGGACUCUUUAAGUUGGGCAAGCAACUACUCCCCGCGGUUGCCGGGACGAUAGCUACCUACAUGUUGGUCCUAUUCCAGUUCAAUCAAUAGAGGAACCACCCGUCAUUACUGCGUUCUACUUUGUUCGAGCAGCUAAACAUCCUCUGCAGCAAGGCAAGUUGUAUCCGGCAAUAACAGAUGUGGCCAAUGUACUUGAUGCGUCCUUUUCCCUUUUGAAUUCAUGUCGAUGGUAUUGCAAAACACGUUGGCAGUCCCUAUGAUAAAAUCGCAAACCAGUGUAGAGCACAAGAAACAACCUCGUUGUGUGGAAUACUAGCCGUUCGUAAAAGAAUCCGACACUUGUAUUCGUAAUAUAAUAAAUCUGUCUAACCUGGGGUUGCGGGAAAGCAUUGAGGGGCUCAACUAGGCCAUCGUCAAAAGUUAUGGCACUCGUUUCAAAUGCUCCCUACGCUAGGCUCUUUCCCAGACGAAGCAACGUGAAUGGUAAAUCAAUACUCUUUUGGCUCGUGAACCACCCAGAGCUUCUUUUAGUAGUUCUGAUGCAAAGGCAAAUCAGCAAAAAGAAAUUUGAUGCAGCAUCCACGACUGAUGUUUUUGCAGCAUCAUUUUGCACGUAAGAUAAUGGGUGGGUGUUUGUUUGACGGCUACCACUUCACUUCUGCUUGUGUGUCAUGAUACAUUGAU